AUGACAGAGUGGAUGGCCGAGCUUCUGCUGCUGGGAAGGCUGAAACACCCCAACUUGGUGAAUCUGAUCGGAUACUGUUCCCAGAAGAACCAGGCGAUGCUGGUGUAUGCUCUGAUGCCGCAUGGGGGGCUGGAUACAUGGUUACUGCAAGACUCGCCCCGCCCUGUGCUGACGUGGCAGCAGAGAAUACGGAUCGCUCUGGGGGCAGCACAGGGCCUUGCGUAUCUGCACGGGUCGAACAUCAUUCACCGGGAUCUCAAGUCGUGCAAUAUCCUGUUAGAUCAGGUAUGCCUAGUCAAUUGGGUGGGUGGAAGUAGCGAGUGUGCUGCUGGGGGCGACUGGGGGCAGCUCAGGGCAGCACAGGGCUUGGCUUACCUGCACGGGUCGAACAUCAUUCACCGGGACCUCAAGUCGUGCAAUAUUCUGUUAGACCAGACUGACAACUUCGGGCUGUCAGCGUGUACUUUCCUUCCCUAUCUCCCAUGCCCCUCUCUCCUCAGCCAUGUCCCCCCACCCCUUCCUCCCCUUCAGCAUAUCCCUGCCAGGCUGACAAGCUUCCCUUACUCCCAUACCUCCCUACUCUACCCUCCACGCCCCCCUACCACCCCCCCUUCAGCACAUGCGCGCUAG